AUGCGGAACCGCAGCGGCCGGAAAGCCUUCGACAGCAUCUGUCCCAACAGGGUGGGUGACCUGGGCAGCCGGCUCGGCAAGAAGGCAGCCAAACUCGAGAGGAAGGUGCGUCUGGGAGACGCUCCCGCGCCGCGGAACAGCUUUGCCAGCGCCGCUCCGGUGGCAGUUCACAGCGACCAGCCGCCCGACACGGUAGAGCUCGCACUUGCUGCUAUCGACUGGCAAGAUUUAGCAGACUGCACCUCGGUCUUUCAGCAGGAGACUUCUAGUGUUGCAGCUGCCCCGCAGAGCCACUACUUGCAACCUGAACCUGAGUUCGACUUCCAGGAGUUCAGAGAUGCUGUCGAUAGUUUUAUAUGUGAUCCAUCCUCCUUAAUGCCACCUCCACUGGACACGGCGGAUUUCACUUUCCCUCUAGGCGACGGAUCAGCCUUUAGCCCUUGUAUGCAACGGUCACAAAACAAUCCUCUUCCGCACAUGAACUUGCAAAACUCCGCGGAACAGUACUGGAAAAAUGUGGCAGACCAAAACCAGAAAGCGUUAGGGGAUGCACUGGUGGAAAAUAAUCAGCUGCACGUGACAUUAACCCAAAAGCAGGAAGAGAUCACUUCCCUGAAGGAACGAAACGUGCAGCUGAAGGAGCUAGCCAGCCAGGCGAAGCAGCUGGCCUGUGUGCUCGAUAAACUGAUGAUCCACCAGUCCAAGGAGGGGGCCGACGCUUUCCUUCCCAGGAGCUCAGCUAAGAGAAGCCUGGAGCAGCUGUACGCUGCCAGGCAGGAGGACUGCGCAGAAGUGGAUGAAAUCCUGCGGGAAAUCUCCGACACCUGUAACGCGGCGCUGCAGACUAUUGAUGAGAACAGAGAGGCGAAGCGCCCUCGGCUGCAGGCGGAGGCAGCGGGAGCCCCGGGCAGCCAGAGCCAGGCUAUUCACAUGUACGGGGCGUUCAGCGGACUGCAGACGUGCAGCAGCCGCAGCGCGGUGGAUCUGAGUAACAGCGAGCUGGAGGCAGAAGGUGUGUCUUUCAGGACCUCCAUCACAGAUCACGGCACGAUCCGGACACUAGCUUUCCCCCAGGGAAAUGCUUUCACCAUCAGGACAGCCACCGGGGGCUACAAGUUUAGAUGGGUUCCCAGCUGAGCCAGGAAACGAUCAGCUAACUACACUGGCCAAGGUCCCCAAUGAAAACUUCGCACUGCCGGCACCUGAACUUAGCACUGUUCCGCCGACCCUAGUCCCCCAAGGUGACUUCCACUUACAGGACGUUGUCUGUCGCAAAAACUGGAAGCACUUUUUUUUAAAAAAGGAAAAGAAGCAUUUACCACAAUACAGUUGUGGUGUGUUUUUUCUUUUUAAGCCAUUGUUGUGACCCUGUCAACUUUUGAGCAGGCUCAGAGAGAUACUCUAGAUACUUAAAAAGAAAAGGAGGAC